AUGCGGCUCAAGUGCGGCUCGGAGCACGCUGCUACAUCCACACUGCCCUCCUCCUUCACAGACCUGUUCCCGCACUUCCUGGUGGAGCCGCAGGACGAGUUCAUCGUGAAGAACAAGCCGGUGACGCUGACGUGCCGCUCCACACCGGCCACGCAGAUCUACUUCAAGUGCAACGGGGAGUGGGUGCACCAGGACGACCACCUCAUCGAGCGAGGAACCAGUCUCGGACCAGAGUCUGAGCUCUUCUCCAUCGAUCCCUCAAACACUUGUCUGUUUAAUGUCAGCUCUGCCCUCAGGACUGCACUGAUGCUGCUCCUAAUCCCGCCCGGAUGCAAACACGGGCUGCCGCGGACACCACCUCUGACCCGGAGCAGACAGGUGUGCAGAGGAGGGAUGAAGCAGAAUGUCCACGGCUCCACUGAGUGUCACUGCAAGAAAAUGAAGCAACUUCCACUCUAG